ACUAUUGUUCCAGUUUCAUUUCUACUUUCUCUGCAUUCUUCUAUUUACUGCCCCAUAUUUUCUAAGGUAACUCGUAAGCUUCAUGUUCGCAUGAGUUUACGAAUGGUUGGAUCACCAUUUUUCUUCUCAACUUUAACUUUUGGAUUACCAUUAUUGCAUCAUUUUGAUAAAAUCUACUGCACUUUUCUGUCUCUUAGAAGCAAAAGUUUCACACCAGCAGCUAGAAAUUCCGAGCAAUCUGUGGAGAAGCGUUUCAGUAGGCCCCUCCCUUUGCUGCUUCAGGAAAAAAAAAAAAGAGAAAAAAUUGGGCAUAUCCCUUUCUGUUUUCAUUUGAAGGUUAUUCGGGGGAAAGCACUAGCCAUUUAAGCCAGAUUGCAUCAAUUUGGUGAAAUCUACAUCAUAUUCUGCAAUUUACGUUUUCAAUAUUCUCAAAGACUCAAAUUGAAGAAGCACAAUUUUCAGGCAGCAGGCAACUUGUGGAGAAGUUUUUGUCAGGCACAUUGGUCGAUCCUUACUCUUGUCGGUUGGAGAAAAUACUAGCAAUUUAAGGUAUAUCUUCUUCUUCCAAUCAACCAUGCAUAUAUAA